CCAUUCCAGUGAUUUUGAGGUGCACAGAAAUUGGCUUGCCAUUACAAACAGUUUGCCCUUGUCAAGAUGGUAUUAUGAGAUUAUCAACAUUACAUUGGCUGGCGCACAAAUAGACAGAGCCAGUCUAAAGCAGUGGUGAAUUAAGCAUGAGAUAGCUAACUAUACUCUCCAAGCUAACUGUCUAAACUAAACUGGAUUCAGUUUAGGGAAAUACUUACAACUGAACAAAUUUUAUUAUCAAGAAAUACAUCACAAAGGAAAUUGUGAUAUUAUUGUUUAGAAUUUGUUACUUCUAUUAUACUUGUUUGAGAAUCGAAGUAAUUGUCUUUGUCUGCCAGGAUGCCAAAUGAAAUAUCAUGGAGUUUAGUCCAAAAGAUUUCUUGGUUAGUAGGUGUUAGGCUGGCUAAUAACUCAUUCCACAGCUUGACACCCAUGUCAGAAAAAUGAGUUUUGCAUUUUGCGUUCAAAUUUUUUGAACAAAUACAUUUUUGGUAGAGGAAGAUUGCGUGUUUUGCGAAUGAAUGCAAUAUGUACUCUCUCAUCCAAAUGCGUUUGAUCUGUUCGCCAAUACUUGUCAUUUAGUUGAUAUAGUGCAUAGUUUCUUGUUCUUAUUGUCCACAUAAGUUUUUGAUAGUGCCUGAGUUACAUCUUCUCUAAGAUUUUCAUUGAAUUUGAUACACCACAGAUUGUAAUUUUGUUUUAUUUGGUUUGGUUGUUUGGUUUUAUUUUGUGGUUAGAUAUUUGUCUUUAUUUGAUCCCAGUUGAAUCAUACCUUUGUACAUAUUCAUUUGGUUUAAAAGAUAUCUCAGCAUUCAAUAUGGUUGUAGCAUUCAUCUACAAUUAUCUCGGUACUUGUCCAGGGAAGUUAGGGAAGAGGAAGGAAGAAAGCACCCAUUUUAACUUUUUGCCGAUAGGAAGGUAGGACAGUUUUCUCUUCUAUUACAAGCAUGAAAGAUUAAAAGAAAUUUUCAAGCAGGUAGAGCAGUCUUUUUCCUGUUGACUUAUUCCAAAUUUCAAUUUGUCUGGCGGUAAUAAGAGAUACUACAAGAAAUAAAUUUUUCAAUUACUGCCUGAAAAGGAGAACACUAGAGGGGGAUGCUUGUUCAAGGAGUCAACAUGUCCCAGUUACCUCUGUAUACAAGAAAGGAAACUUGAUCUUGGCAAAAGGCAUCACAAAGUAACAAGCAGUGAUGAUCCCACAAAAUAUCAUCCUCCUCCAUUAUUAUUGAUUAUUUUUUCUGGAACUUGUAGAAAACUUCAGAGUGGACUCUGGAUUAUCCGCCGCUAUUCGCCUGGUUUGAGUAUUUGUUAUCACAAGUAGCUGCCUUGGUUGAUCCUAGGAUGGUGAUUAUAAGCAAGUUACCUUAUACAAGUCUACCAACUGUACUGUUCCAAAGAGGAUCUGUUAUGUUUACAGACCUGCUGUUGGCUUACGCUGUGAAGGAGUAUUGUAGCUAUCUUGCCAAGAAGUCUUCUAUUACUGUGCGCAAUUGUCUGAUCUUGGCUAUAUUGGUCAUUUUUAAUUUUGGUCUUCUGAUAGUGGAUCACAUUCAUUUCCAAUACAAUGGGUUCUUGUUUGGCAUUCUGCUUCUCUCUAUAACAAAGUUGUCGCAGGGAUGUGCAUUGGAAGGCUCUUUUUGGUUUGCAGUCCUGCUGAAUUUCAAACACAUCUUUCUCUACAUUGCCCCAGCAUACUUCAUUUUCCUUUUGCGAUCUUACUGUUUCCAACCAUCUGCAGCUGAAAAGAAAGAGAAACAGUUAAGAAUUUUUGGUGUAAAUAUUUGGGAUUUUUCCCCUUUGAAGUUGAUGAGACUUGGCAUCAUUGUGGUCUUUGUAUUUGGUCUUUCAUUUGGACCAUUUAUAGCCAUGGGUCAAUUACCUCAGGUGCUAUCAAGACUUUUUCCUUUCAAACGAGGUUUAUGCCAUGCCUACUGGGCUCCAAAUUUCUGGGCUUUGUACAAUGCACUGGACAAGGCUAUUGCUAUUUUUGGUUCAAAAGCAGGAAUCUUGCCCAAAGAUGCCAUGAAAAGUAAAGCUUCCAUGACAGGUGGUUUGGUUGGUCAGUCUGAGCACUUGAUUCUUCCAUCAGUUCCUCCAGUUGUCACAAUGAUCCUAACACUUUUUUCUGUGAUGCCUGCUCUAUGGCAUGUGUGGUUUAGGCCAUCAGGCAUCACUGGAUUUCUCCGCUGUCUCGUUCUUUGUGCCUUUGGUUCCUUCUUGUUCGGUUGGCAUGUGCACGAAAAGGCCAUCCUGAUGGUUAUUGUUCCUCUCAGCUUAAUGGCUGUUGUUGAAAGACGACCAGCACGGGUUUUUUUAUUGCUGAGCACAACAGGCCAUCUCUCACUGUUUCCUUUGCUGUUCCAGUCACAAGAAACUCCCAUUAAAGUCUCUCUCAUGCUGAUGUUUACAAUUUUCUCGUUCUACUCACUAUGUCUUGUUCACUGUGGGGAAUCUUCCGAAACGUCCAUAUCGGAUCUGUUUAAAUUACCCAUUGUUGAGUGGUACGAAGCGUGUUACUUGUAUGGUUUAGUUGUCUUGGAACUCUACUGCAGUGCCAUUCAUCCUUUUACUGUGCUUGCCGUCAAGCUGCCUUUUUUACCGCUCAUGCUUACGUCAGUGUAUUGUGCCGUGGGUGUGAUUUGGGCGUGGAUCUUAUUUUACGUGGACACUCUGACGAGCUCGCUGAUUAAUAGGGCAGCGGUGUCAACUAUAAGAGAAACUGUGGUUGGAAAACAGUCUGCCAAGAAGAAACAGUGAAAUACCCCUUUGGACGAAGGUCAAGAGAUUCUACAGAUAAAUUAUAGUAGGCUAGUUUAAGAAAGUUUUUUGUCUCAAAACUUUGGGUUUUGAAUCCCUUUCAAACUAAAUUUUAAUACGGUGUUCUGAUAAUCACUUUGGAUUAGGAUAAGAUUGCUCGAAAUAUAUGACUCCUAAAUGUUAUCUUGAACUCGCAUGUCAAGUGUUCUUGUGACAAGCGUUCUUAGCUCUGAAAAUCUUCAAACGGGUAAAAUAGAAACCAGCACAGAUUGCCUUAAGUCUUUUUUUUUCUCUGACGAAUGUAGAUGAAAGGCGAACGCAUAUUUGACAUUCGAAUAGGAAGAGAUUGGGUCGAGACCACUCAAAUAAAACUAGAAAUAGUCCA